ACUCGUUGAACAUAUGGGGUCAUCGAUUCAACUAAACACGCCUUCAGAUCUAUUCGGUGUGAAGAGAAAAUGUUGCAUUAUGGUUGAGUCACUGAGGGAUUUCUCGUCAAUGCAGCCAAUAUGCACAUCAUGCCUAGAUGCUUACAUGAUGUACCUUCACACAAUUAUGGUACAAGGACGAAGUUCAAGCUUGUUCAAGUUCAUGGAUGCCGGAUCUGUAAGUUACUCGAGUUACAAACAAUCGCAUGCGCAGUUGUUGAAUGCUCGACUUCUCGGAGCCGAGUAUGACCAAGUAGUAUUGUUCCCAUACAACUCUGGCAAUCACUGGACAUUGGUCGUUGUUAAUCCUACAAAGGGUGCUGCAUAUUGGAUUGACCCGUUGAAGAAUCGGAUUGACGGAGACAUGAGUGAAGUGCUUCAAAUGUCAUUCAAUAUAUCAAAGAAGAAAAAACUGAAUUGGAAGGUUGUUAAGUGUCCCAAACAAAAUGGGGUGGUAGAAUGCGGGUACUAUGUUAUGCGAUUCAUGCAGGACAUAAUUUCUGCGAGGAGUACUUCGAUUGUAGAUGUCAUGAAAAGUUUACCUCCUACGUACUCUCAAGAUGAAAUCGAUGAAGUUAGAUCGGAAUUGGCGGAGUUCCUUUCUAAGCACGUACAUCGUGCUUAGCACCAGAUUAGGAAACAACAUUUUUUGAAGUAUUUUGUGGGGAUUUUUUGUUAAUAUAAUUUUGUUAAACCCGAACGACACACAAGAAAAUGUUAAGCACAUUGUUUUGAACAAACUUAAGCAUGAAAGGGGAAGAGUUCGAUAUAUAUGUGACUGGCUCAUGGAAUUUUGUUAUUUGGUGCCAUACUGCAUUGAGAUAUGAAUCUUCUUGCAAUCAAAUAACUGCCG